CUUGUCUCUGAUUUUUGAGUUUUUUUUCCUGCUUCUUCAUAUAUUUUUUUUUUUUCAUUUACACUUUUAUUUUGAUCCUUUUAACUUUCUAAAAUCAUAUUUGAAUAUUUAUUAUAAACCGAAAAAUACUAUCACAGAAAACGAUGGCAUCUUUUAUUGAAAUCCAACUUCCACGACUAGCUGGAUCGUAUACGGGCCAUGCUUCGUCGCUGCCAAGUCAUUAUGAACAACCUCUGUCAUCGCUCUUGGCAGUUUUCAACUCGUGCAAACGAAGUAUUCAGGAUGGAUUUCGUCUUGAAAACCUGUCUUGGCGGUUAUGGUAUCGCCAAUUUAUACUGCGCACAUCGACCUCGUCAAGUGCCAAACUGCCUCAUCAAAUCCAGUUAACUUCAGCUCCAAAGUCACCUCGUCUCUCACGUACCCGCUCUUUGCCGUCCUUUAAACCAUCGUGGUCAUCGCCUGUCGCACCAUCGUCGUCGACUGUGGUCCCUUGCGCAGCCUCCACCGUUUCCACUGUCUCCAUUGCUUUUUCUCCUAUUUCUGCCCAACCUCUCCAUUCUUCUCCAGCCCACUACCACGAGGUAGCCUCCCCAUCCACCAAACGGUCCAAGAAAUUCUUCAUUGAUGACGACGAUAACGAGGAACAAGAACCCAUUCUAUCCGUCAAACUACAACGCCGAUGUUCCGAUGACCGUCGUCGUCCCGUUUCUCUUUUAUCCACCAUGUUAAAGCAAUAUAAUUCUACUACCACCACUACUACGACUACUACCUCCUCCUAUGCUUCCAACCACGGUUCCGCCAAUAGCUUGCGUCGAUGUCAAACACGAUAUCAUUGUUUGGAUCAGCUGGUUGCUCUGAACGCCUAAUCUACCACUUCCACCUCUAUUAUUAUUCCCCCUCUUGUACCCUUUAUCCCUCUCUUGUCAUACUGUUUUUGCUUCCUCUCACACAUAUAAAAAAAUAAAUCAUCCUAUUUCGUCA